AUGGUUUAUUGCCUUAUUCCACUACAGGUGAUAGAAGGAAUAAUGAAUGCAGAAGGGAGAGAACUAGAGGUCCUUGUUGGCCUUAGUUCAGAAAUAUGUAAUGUCAUUCCAGAAGACUUUGUGCGAGGGCUAGAGCAUAAUCAGAUAAAGGAAAGUUUUAUACAGAGGCUUGUCAGUGCACUUAACUCAAAUAUGGUACCCAGUGCUCAUUGUCUAGGAAUCAGGAGGGUCAUAGUUCAACAUGCCAUAUACAUGAUGGAAUGCAAUCCAGUCUACAUUAACUGUUUCAAAGAAUGCCAGAUGAUGGAAGCACUGGUAAGGGUAGAGCGUACACCUUCAAGGGCUGAAAACUACAGGUUCUUCUUGGGUGAUGCAGGAAUCAUGGAGCACAAUAUACCUCUAUCCGUGCUUGUGGCUAGAGCAAAAAAAUUGAUGGGCCAUGAGCAGUUAUGA